AUGGAUAUUUCGAAUAGUUUAUCUCAAAGUCGAACAAUUUCAAAUCAAGAAACUGGAAGUGAAGAAUUUGAAUCAGUUACUAAAAACGAUUAUGGAUUGGAAUUAGAUUCAGAAAUUCAGGAAACAUCUACAAUAUCUGAUGUAACUUUGGUGAAACCAAUAAGAUCUGCUGAAGUUAUCGAAUCGCCGACAAAAUUCGAAAAACCGAGAGAUCGAUUGAAUAUUGUGUUCUUCAUUUUCUUCUUUUUUGGAUGUUCGUCGUUGGUUGCUUGGAAUAUGUUUAUUACGGUCUCUUUUGAUGUGAGUUUUUUUGAGGGGGAAAUUUUGGAAUUUGAAUUUUUCAUUAGGUUUUGGUGAGAAAAAAUUCAGAAUUUUUCAUUCAAAAAAAUUUCACUGUUUCAAAAUUUCUAUUCAAUUUUUCGGGGUAUUCUCUCGUUUGUUGAGAUGGAAAUAUAGUAACUUCUAAAAAUUAGUGUGAAAAUGAAAUUUUUGAAGAAAAAAUUCCGGAUUUUUCAUUCAAAAAAAAUUUCACUGUUUCAAAAUUUCUAUUCAAAAAUUUUGACAUUUUUCGGAGUAUUCAUCCGUAUUUGCAGAUUUGAAAAUAAUUUUGAUUUUUGUGCUCAAAAAAAAUCCACGUGGCCCUAAUUUUUCACGCCUAAAAAUUCCCACGUGGAAUUUAAUCUCUGAAUCUUUUUCUUCGAAAAAUGAAGUUUUUGAAGAAAAAAUUCAAAAUUGUUCAUUCCAAAAAAAUUUCACUGUUUCAAAAUUUCUAUUCAAAAAAAUUGGAAUUUUUUGAGGUGGUAUUAGGUUCGUUCUGAUCUGUCAAAAUUUAGUCGAAAACAGCUCCAAAACUCAAUUUCCAAUUCGAAAAAAAAUUUGAAUUUCGCGCUAAAAAUCACACAUGGCCAAAAAAUGCCACGUGGAAAAUUAUUCAAAUAUUUUUUUUCACAAAAAUCUGAAUUUUUUCAUUCCAAAAAAUUCACUGUUUCAAAAUUUCUAUCUAUGAAUUUUCGCAUUUUUUGAGGUGGUUCUUCGUUCUGAUCUGUCAAAAUUCAGUCAAAAACAGAAAAAUUGAGAAAAUUUCGCCAGAAGUCACACAAUUCCACGUGGCAAUGUCUGAUGCCAACAAAUGUCACGUGGAAAAUUGUUCUAGAAAAUUUUCAAAUUCUUUUUUUUUCUCACAAAAAUCUGAUUUUUUUCAUUCCAAAAAAUUUCACUGUUUCAAAAAUUCUAUUCAAAAAACUGCAAACUUUUCGAAGUGUUGUAUAAUAUAUCGCCGAUAAAAAAAUUCCCCGAAAAAAAUUCCACGUGUCUUUCCAAAUCUAUGUUUUCUACAGUACUACGAGGCGUUCAAACUGCAAACAUCUGAUGGAAAAUCGAAUUGGUAUUCGCAAAAUUUCCAAAAUGCAAUGACAAUUUGUGCACAACUUCCGAGCGCCAUUUUUUGUAUUUUGAGCAUUUUCAAAGAUUUGCGGUGAGUUUUUGAGUGGGUUACGGUAUUAAUUAUCUACAGUACCUAUUUUUUUCAGUGGAAAUCUACCAUUUCGAAUGCAAUGCUCACUUUUAAUAUCUGGUACAGUACUCUUGAUUACGAUGACUUUGAUCUACGUGGAAACUGAAUCUUGGAUUCCCAUAUUUUUUGUCUUCACACUUUUCACUGUUGUUGUUUUGAAUGCGGCAAUUGGGGUUUUUCAGAAUGCGUGAGUUUUUUUUUGGCGCGAAAAAUUUGAAUUUUAAAAAUUUUUUGAUUUUGAAAAACUUUCGUACAAAAGCUCUAAUUUGAAAUUUGAAAAUUCAGCUCAAAAAUUUUUUUUUUCGCGCAAAAAUUUGAAAUUGAACAAAUUUCUGAGAUUCUGAAUUUCCAAUUCUUAGCUCAAAAAUAAUUGGAUUUUCAUAUUACAUUUAUUUUAUUUUUGAAGUACAUUUCAGCUUCAGAAAGAAUUAUUUUCAGAUUUUCCUAGAUUUUCAGCUCAAAAAUCUAGAAUUUUGCAGAAUGUUUGGUCUUGUCAGCACAUUUCCCUUCAAAUACACAAAUGCUGUAAUAAUUGGCCAAAAUUUCAAUGGAAUUCUCAUAACUCUUUUAUCGAUUUCAAGUAAAUUAGGUUUGUAGACAAAAAAACCUUGGAGUUACAGUAACUCAAGCUUUUUUGCAGUUUCAAAUAAUUCACAAAUAAGUGCGAUGAUAUUUUUUGGAAUUGCGGUUCUAAUGAUUUUGGCGUGUAUUUUAUUGCUAAUGUUGGUGCAGAAAAAUGUGAGUUUUGAAAUUUUUGGCAAGAAAAUUUCAAAAAUUCAAAUUUUCCCUCCAGGAAUUCUAUCGUCGUUUCGGAGUUUUGGAUAAAAUCAAUUCACAAAGAUCAAUUCAGGAAAAUGAUCAGAAUUUUUGGCAAAAAAUCGGCCACGUGUUCAAAAAAGCCGGUUGGCAAUUUUUCAACAUUUUUUGGUUGUUUUUUGUCACUUUGAGCAUUUAUCCGAAUAUUACGGUUUAUAUUCGACCCAAGGAUCCAGAGAGUUUUUUCAUUUCAGGUUGGUGGAUUUUGGGAGAGUGUUUAAGGGAAUUCGCAUCAAUUUUCUCAGAAAUCCCAAAAAAUUCAACAAUUUUUUGAAACAGUAAAUUUUUUCACUCGAAAUUUUUUAAAGAUUUUUUGAGGUGAAAAUGUUUGCCACGAUAGGGUUAAGCUCAAAAUUGAGCUUAGGCUUAGAUUAAGGGUUAGGCUUAAGAACUUACAUUAGAUCUGGAGUUAGGCCUAAUCUCAGGCUUAGCUUUGGACUUAGGCUUGGGAUUGAAUUUGGGCCUCAAAUUAAUUCUGAAGUUAGGCCUACACUAAAUGUUAGGUUUAAAGGCUUGGGACCGCAUUUUGGCCUGAACUUAAGCUCAGACUAUAUUUUUGAAUGUCAACAAAUUUUGAAAUUUAAAACAAUUACGUAGGAUCCAAAUCAAAAGUCUCAGAAAUCCCAAAAAAAUUCAACAAUUUUUUGAAACAGUGAAUUUUUUUUGAAAAUUUUGUUGAGAUUUUUUUCUAGCUUUCUUGCCACGUGGCACAAUUUUCUCUAUUUUUUUCAUUGAACCAAGUGAAUAAUUAUUAUAAUAUAAUUUCAGUUUGAUAUUUUAGAAAUAUUUUGAAACGUAUUUUUUGAGGGAAGGAAAAUUUCCUGUGAAAAUCUGAAAUUAUUUAAUUUUUCUGGUAGAUCAAAUUCUAGCGCCGAAACUCAAUUAAAAAAAUAUUUAUUUUCAAUGACAACAAUCAUAAUGUCUAACAUGCUGUGCUAAUCCACUUGCCAAAAGCAUCAAAAUUCCAGAAAUCAGAGCCAAAACGCAUGAAUAACCCAUCUGAAAUUUGAAAUUUUUGAGCAUUUUUUGACCCAAAGUGCUCCAAAAAACUUACAAAAGUCUGUCCAAUGCCAAAAAAAUUGCUCAGAUUAGAGGCUGUUAGAAUAAAUGGCACAAUUUCCAUCAUUGCAAUAAUUAAGGCGAUAAAUGAGAUUAGAUUGAAACUGUGACGAAUUGAGUGUGAGCAACCGCAGUGGCGAAUUUUUCGACUGAAAAUUUGGGAUUUUGAGAAAAAUUGGGAGCUGAUUUUGAUGUGCCACGUGGAUUUUUGUUCCGAAUUUUUAAGAUUUUCAGAGAAUUUUUUCGACUAAAAAUUUGAGAUUUUUUAAACCUAAACUUGAUGUGCCACGUGGUUUUUCAGCCCCAAAAACACAAUCUUUCUCUUAAAAAAUGACCCCGAAAAAAUACGUUUCGAAAUUUUUUGAAAUUUUCAAAUCGAAAUUUAAGAAUUGAUUCUUCUGAUAAAUUUCCAAGAAAACACUGAAUUUCUGACGCCAAUUUUUGAGCCUGAAAAUGCACCAAAAUUCUAAUUGUUCUAUAAACUUACACGGCAUGCAAAUACGCCAAACACAAUAAAAUUGAGAUGAAAAAUGAGAUGAACAUAAACUAACUCGAAGUGACAAACCACGUUGGCUUAUUGCCAUUUUGAAAUGGCAUUAUACCGUAGAAAUAUUGUUGACCCAAAAUUUUGACAACAAGCCAACCAGUUGUGAAAACUGAUACGGUAUUUAGAAUGAAACCGCAACCGAUUAGAAAUCCAAGACCGCCGAUUUUUCGCAUUUUGAAACUGGAAAUCUAGAGGGGUUUGAAAGGUUUUAAUAGCCAGUUAGAGUUGGAAAUGGAAGAAGAAAAAUUGAGAAUAAAAAUUUUGAAAAACUAUUGAAGAAUUUUUGAAACAGUAAAAAAUUGGGAAAAAUUUAUUGUUAGAAUUUUUUUCAGAUUUCUCGAGCUGAAAUUUUUUUCGUAAUAGGUUUGAGUUGAAUUUUUAAAGAUGAAAUUAUUCAAAAUUUCUAGAAACAGUGAAAUUUUCGAAAUUUUCAAAAAUUCAAGAACUUUAAAUUUUUCUAGGCUGUUCUUAGCAUAAAAAAUUACUGAAAAAAAGAAUUUUUCAUAAAAACGUGGAAAUUUGGGAAUAUAUUUCUGGAAAUUUUUUCACUGUUUCAAAAUUUUUAUGAAUUUUUAUUUGAAUAUUUUAUUCUUAAUGAGUCAGCUCGAAAAAUUAUUUCGAACAAGAUUCAACGAAUUCUGAGUAAUUCCAGAAUUUUAUAAAAAUGCUAAUUUUCUCACUGUUUCAAAAAAAAACCUCAAAAAAAAAAAUAAAAUCACAUUUUGCACCACAAAAAAUUGUGUGAAUGAAUAAAUAUUUACACAUUAUCUUAUCAUUUUUCACUUUUUUUCCUUAUGACGUGUUUUUUGGGCCAGAAAAGAACAUUUUGUUUGACGCAUUUAAGAAUUGAGUCACUGGAUGACCUGAAAAUAAUUUCGAAAUUUUGAAUUUUGACGCUAGAUUAAAAUCCACGUGGCAAAAAUGUAUGAAACAUAACUUUUUCAGAGAAAUUCUACCUGGAUGUCGUGACGUUUUUGAACUUCAACUUUUUUGCGUUUUUGGGAAAUUUGGCGGCGAAUUAUGUGAAAUUUGUGAGUUUUUUGGGCGGAUUCUUGAAAAAUAUUCACUGUUUCAAAAUUUCUAUAUAUAUUUUUUUGAAUUGUUCUUUUCUGGUUAAAACAUUGAAUUACAUUCCUGAAGAUUUCGAUUGAAUUUUGAAUUUCCAAAAUUUUGUUUCAAAUAAAUUUCACUGUUUCAAAAUUUUUGUAUAUUUUUUCUGAUUUUUUGAAAUUUUUUUAGUUGGGCCAUUCAAGUUCUGAAUAAUUCUCAGAAAAUUUAUUUACCACAAAAAGCAGUGAAAAAAAGUAAAAUAGUUUUCUAAUUGUAAAUAUUUUUCACUGUUUCAAAAUUUCUAUGAAUAAGUACUUUUUGAAUUUUGAACAGUUGAUAACAUUCUUUAAAUAGCAAAAUUUAGCUGAAAAUUUCAAUACAAAAAACAGAAAUCUCAAUGUUCAAUUACCGAUUGGAAAAUGAAAAUUCGAUUUUUUUAAAUGAAAGUUUUUCACUGUUUCACUCAUUUUCAUCAAACUUUGGUUCCCAAAAAAAAAUUCGAUUAUUUUUCACUGUUUCAAAAUUUCAAUGAAUUUCUUUAUCUUUCUUUCUCGAUAUUGCAAUUGGAAUUCUAGUUAUAAUCUAAAUCUAAACAUUUCACUGUUUCAAAAUUUCUGUAUUUUUUUCUCUGAUUUUUGAAAUUUUAUAAGUAGUGGCGAUUCAAUUUCUGACAAGGGAACCUUUUUUACUCAACACUUUAAAUCAUGAUGAAAUUUGGUCCAUGGACAGCUUUUGGGACCAUAAGAACACCCUAAAAAUUUUAGUCUCCCAAUGGACCUCUGAGCCAAGUUCUGGGCUCUCAAAAGUUCAAAAAUUGCCAAAAUUAGCUCAUAAAACACGUCAUAACUCAAUUUUCGAUCAUUUUUAUGAAAAACUGAGUAGCAGAUGAUGAUCAGCGUGGUCGAUUUACCCAAAAAUCAUCAAUAAAUCGAAUUUUCAGAAAAAUUUUUGAUUUUGGAAAAAAGAAUGAGCACAUAUGAAUUUUCAUGAAUUUUCAGCCCAAAAAUAAAAAAACUUCAAAAUUUUUCGAAAUAAAGAUUUUUAUUGAUGUACUUUUAGGUAAUCGACUAUGCUGAUCAAUAUCUGAAACUUCAUUACUCCCAAAAAAAAUUUUGAAAUGGAGCUAUAAUGACUCUUGUGACCAUUUUUAGGCUUUUUUUGAGUUUUUGAGAGCCCAGAACUUGGCUCAGAGGUUCAUUGGGAGACUAAAAUUUUUAGGGUGUUCUUAUGGUCCCAAAAGCUGUCCAUGGACCAAAUUUCAUCAUGAUUUUAAGUGUUUAGUAAAAAAGGUUCCCUUGUGAAUAAUUAUCUGAAAAUUUAUUUACCACAAAAAGCAUUGAAAAAAAAAAAUUUCCAAAUAUUUUUCACUGUUUCGAAAUUUUUAUGAAUGUUUAUUAGAAUUUUUUUUUCAAUAUUUUUUAUUCUACUAUAAAAAAUUCACUCUUUCACUAAUUCUAGAAACAAGUGCGUUUUCAAUUUUGAACAAUUAAUAACAUAAAAAAAAACAGCAAAAUUUAGCUGAAAAUUUCAAAUUUACCUGAAAAUUCAAUUUUUUUUAGACAAAAUGACUGAUAAUAAUGUGAGUUUUUGGGAUUUUUCAUGGAAAAAUGAUGAAAAUUCGAUUUUUUAAUGAAAGUUUUUCACUAUUUCACUCAUUUUCAUCAAACUUUGGUUCCCAAAAAAUUCGAUUAUUUUUCACUGUUUCAAAAUUUCAAUGAAUUUCUUUAUCUUUCUUUCUCGAUAUUGCAAUUGGAAUUCUAGUUAUAAUCUAAAUCUAAACAUUUCACUGUUUCAAAAUUAAUGUAUAUUUUUUUUGAUUUUUUAAGUUUUAUUAGUCUGCCGUUCAUAAUUUUGAAUCAGGGCUGGUCGGAAUCGGAAUAUCGAAAUUCCGAAAUUCCGAAAAUCGACGUUUUUCGGAAGUGUAGUUUGGUCGGAAGCACUUCCGAAAGAAAAACUCGGAAUUGCUCAAAUUCCGACUCUCGUUCCGACUUUUUUUCAUUCCGACUUUUUUGUCGAAAUCACUUUCGAAAAAUCUCGGAAUGUCGGAAUCUAUGUUUUUAUAAAGAAAACUUCAUUUUAAGACUGAAAUGACGGUGAAAAAUUUCUUAAUAAUCGAUAAUAGUCAAAAUUUUGUUGUCUUUGAUGAACUAAAGAACAAGAUUUACUUUUUCGCAACUAUUUUUACUAUUAUUGUUCUGAUAACUCAUCGAAAAAUGUCGUUUUUCACUUUUUUCUUGCGUAUUAGAACUUCCGAAUUUCUUCCGAAAUUCCGAAAAAAAGUCGGAAGAAAAAAUCGGAAUUCCGAACUAUCGAAAAAUUAUUCGGAAUAAAAAGUCGGAAUGCCGAAAUUCCGAGAAUAAAAUCGGAAGUGAAAAUGGGUCUUCCGAAAUUCCGAAAGCUCAAUUCCGACCAGCCCUGUUUUGAAUAAUUCUCAGAAAAUUUAUUUACCACGAAAACCAUUGAAAAAAAGUAAAAUAGUUUUCCAAAUAUUUUUCACUGUUUCAAAAUUUUUAUGAAUGUUUAUUAGAAUAAAAACAUUUAUGCUUUAAAAAUUCACUGUUUCACUAAUUCUAGAUAUAAGUGCUUUUUAGAUUUUGAACAGUUUUAACAUUCUUUAAACAGCUGAAAAUUUCAAUACAAAAAACAGAAAUUUCAAUUUUUAAUUACUGAUUGGAAAAUGAAAAUUCGAUGAAAGUUUUUCACUGUUUCACUCAUUUUAGGUGGUUAGUCAAACUUUGGUUCCUAAAAAAAUCGAUUAUUUUUCACUGUUUCAAAAUUUCAAUGAAUAUUUACACAAUUUUUAUUCGAUAUUGCAAUAGGAUUUCUCUUGAGAAUCUAAAUCUAAAAAUUUUACUGUUUCAAAAUUUCUGUAUAAUUUUUCUGAUUUUUGAAAUUUUAUUAGUAGUAGCAGCGGUGAUUCACAUUCUGAAUAAUUCUCAGAAAAAUUGAUUUACCAUUGCAAAAACCAUUGAAAAAAAGUAAAAUGGUUUUCCAAAUAUUUUUCACUGUUUCAAAAUUUCUAUGAAUUUUUGUUAGAUUUUUUUUUUCAAUAAUUGUAAUAAUUGUAACAAAAAGCAAAAUUUAACUGAAAAUUUCAAUACAAAAAACAGAAAUUUCUAUUUUUUUUUCAAAAAAAAUUUACUGUUUCAAAACUUCUAUGAUUUUUUAUGAGUCUCUGAUUGUAUAUUUUCCUAAGCACUUGUUUAAUACUAAAUUUUUCCAAAAAUCUACAGUACCUCCCUUUUCUCCCCCAAAUCUCUAUGUUUUCCAGCCAGGACCCAAAUACAUAAUAAUUCCCGUUCUUCUUCGUUUCUGGUUCAUUUUCUAUUUCCCAUUUUGCAACUAUAAUCCGGAAUUUCGACGAUUCGAUGUGUUUUUCGAAUCCACGUGGCUUUUCAUCGCAAAUUUGGCAUUUAUGUCAUGGACAAGUGGAUAUUUGUCAUCGUUGAUUAUGAUGUAUGCGCCAAGGUGAGAGUUUUGGGCUGAAAUUUUGAGCAUAGGUUUUUUAACUGGAAAUUGAUUUUCGGAGCACUCCAGCUCAAAAUUAAAUUAAAAUUUUACACGAAAAAUCUAUUUUCACACAAAGUUUUCCAUUUGACGCUAAAAUUUUAUUUUUUUUCAACAAAAAAAAAAUUCACUGUUUCAAAAUUUUUUUAAUUUUUUGUGAGAAUUUUAUUCUUAUUAUUUUUUCACUUUUGUAACGAAACACUAUUUUUAUCAGAAAAAAAUUUCGCACUGAAUUCAAAAUUUCCAGUCCUCAAAUCUGAAAAUUCCCCCAGAAUCCCAAAAAUUCCCAAAUUUUGCAGAACUUGUUCCGAUCCCCAACUUCAACGUUUGGCUGGAAUGAUUUCGUUGGUGUUUUUGCUUUUGGGAAUUAUGAGUGGACUUUGUUUUUCGUGGAUUAUCAAACUUAUUGUUUUGAACUGA